GAGAGUUGUCCGUGGAAGGUGCGGUUCUCUAAUGUUGAAAAAAAUGUUGUGUUAUACGUGAAAAACGUGUCGAUCAUAACAUACGUGUACAGUCUACAUAAAAAAUUAGUAAAAAAUUAAUAAUGGCUAAUGUUCUUUGCACGUGUCUUUUUAGGAUUCUUUUACCACUGAUUAUUUUACCAUGUGUAGUAUUUCGUCCAUCAGCCCUUUCGGCAAUUUACCUCAUCGCAAUGCUCUGUUCACCAUUCAUAGCGGUACCGACGUAUCAAACGAUGCGUUCAUGCACCGGAGUUUACUUAAAAAUCCUAAUGGCCAUCUCCUUGAUUACAUCCGUUCUUCUCGUAUCGUUCCACGUUUAUUUAAUUGCGGUCGGAUCGUAUGGAAACGUAAUCACCGAUAACGAACUUUUAGAAACUAUAUUAAGGUAUUGCGGAUUGGUCAGAUUGGACAAAGCCGAUUUUGUCACGAUUAUCACGUGGAUUUCGCCGGAACUACUCAUGCUAAUAUCAUCAAUAACCAUUUUCGUUUUGACGAUGAAACUUACUAAACGUAAUACUGAGACUGAAACGGGCGAAGAGCAAACACAAUCCAAAGCGAAAAUGGAUAGGAUGCGGUUUCUGGUUGGAAUUGGAAAAUUCACUACACUUAUUUUACUCUGCAUUUGCGCUUGUUUAAAACCAUCAGUUCAAGGCGGUCUCUAUUUCGUGGUAUUUAUUUGCACCGCUACAUGGCGAAGUUGUUCGAAAAAUUUAGGGAGAGGCUUUGCGGUCUUAAUGCAAUUGUUGAUGGUUGUGGUAUUCGUUCACAUAUUCGCCUUAUUAAUGUUCCAAAUCGAUUAUUUCCAAGAUUUUUUGGGUGUCGACAGCCCAUACAGAAGAUAUUUUGCAUUGACAAUAUUUUAUACAAUCGAUAAAUCAGAUCCAAGAAGAUUCAUCUUCGCCCAAAAUAAUUGGGAUGCCAUAAUAAAUCCAUUUAUGUUGAUCGCGCUUUUCUAUGUGUCUGCGUUAACAACCAAAGAAUUAAUAAAGCCUCAGCCGCAAAUUAAGCCGGGCGCUUUUUCGCGCCUCGAGGGCAGCUUCAACGGCCCUCUCCGACGUCAAAUUUCCCAACGACUGUCGGAUAGGCGCCUUUUAAGAUCCACCACGACUAGAAAUCGUUGGCACAAUGCCACCCGAAAAGUUCGAGUUAAUCAUUGGAACAGUCCCUCACUUUUAUCUGAGCAGACGCCACUGAUGCGAGGGAUUAGUCCAUCUAGGAGAUACGGUUCUGAUAAAAAGAAGGGGGCUUCCAUUUUACAGGAUUCCACCGGAAGUGUUACAGUAACCGGUGAUCAAACCCGAGAUUUUCAAACAGAAAGCAACGAAAAUUUAGAUGAAGAAGAAAAAAUUGGUUGUUUUGAAAAUUGCGUUUUUGUAAUGGGUCAAUUAUUGCAAUCUUUAGUUCAAUUAUCAUAUAUUGUCACAAAUAUUAUAAUGAUGACAUGGAGUAUUACUUAUCACAGUUGGUUAACCUUCGUUUUAUUAAUUUGGGCCAAUAUAUUAUGGAUAAUGCCAAAACAACGAAGAGCAAUGUUACGAUCUAGCCCAUUCUUAGUUUUCUACGCAAUUUUCCUUUUAAUAUCCGGUUACAUAUUCUCAAUGGAUCUCACCGAUGCCGAACUGCCAUCGAAACUGGCUCACAUCAAUUUGGCUCAAAUUGGCUUCGUCAAAUACGUAGAACUUCCAUGUUUGCAUUUAUGGGUGAAAUGCUGCUUCACGGUGAUGUUUUGGUUUACCUUGAAACAAUACACGAUCGAAUUAAAAGAGGAGCGGCAAAAACGAUCUUUAGCCGAUAUGGCAGCUCCUUUACAAGUCAGUGUUCAAGCCGCGGCUGGUGUUCAAUCGAGUCCGAGCGAACAGAAAAAAUCGAAAGUUAUCUCGUUAAUCGGCAGUUAUUUGAGGCACGCUUCAGUGAGACUUUGGAUUUGGGUGGUUGCCAUUACGUUAUUUGUCGUGGCAAUAACAGGAGAACGAAUGACUGUUUUUAGAAUUUUGUAUAUGGCAUUGUUUUUAAUCUUUAUUUUAACUUUCCAGAUAUCAUUUAAUUUAUGGAGACAAAUGAUGUUUAUAUUUUUAUUAAUAGUUAUAAUCUAUUCAAUGCUUAUUUUAAUACUUGUUUAUACAUACCAAUUUGAUAACUUUGAAACUUAUUGGACUGAAUAUCUUCAUGUACCUAAAGAACAGCAAUUAGAUAUUGGAUUGGAAACUUAUAAAACAACGCAGUUAUUCGUUCGUCUCGCAACUCCCACAUGUUUCGUGAUAGUAACCGUCAUUCAACUUCACUAUUUUCACCCAGAAUUUAAGCGCCUCACAGAUAUUUUAGGGAGUCAUCAAGAAGUUGCUCGCACAACCUCUUUGGGUACUAGUUCCAUGCCAGGAUCGACGUCGGAGAGAAAUGAUUCAUAUACUAGCGAUAAAAAAUUAGAUCUUACCGAUGUUGCUACAAUUCAUUCGGAAAAUAUAAGAAGAUCCUUCAAAAAUUUUUGGAGGAAAGUCAAAAAAGCAAUUGAUUUAAUAUACAUAUACCUUGAAAUACAAAUGCAUAGAUUGGUGUUGAUUAUUGCGGCGUUGAUGUGUAUUUAUGACAAAUGUGCCUUAUAUUGCGUGGUAACCCCAUUGGUUGUGUUAGGAAUAAUGACCGGGCGAGGUUUAUCUCAUCUUAUUAUCAAAGUCAUAUCGAUUUAUACAGCUGUUAAAUUAAUAUCACAAAUGAUUUAUCAAGUUAAUUAUAUUAGACAUGAAUGGUUUGAUGCGAAUUGUACGAUUACUUCAAACACUACAAAUAAUGUAACUGGAAAUAACGCUGAAUGGUUAGGAUUUUUUAAAUCAAAUAAUAUGGCAUCAAUUGUGGAAUGGAACAUAGCUUACAUCGCGGUAGCAACUCUUUACUCAGUCAUUUUAAUACGGCAAUAUAGCCAUAGAAUUAAAUCGGGACAACCACAAGUAAGACCAUUCUUUGUGUUUCCUAAUAUAAGAAGAUUCGACGCUGAUAAAAGCGUCUACAACGCUUUAAAAUUCUUGGUUAAUCACGGAUAUUACAAAUUUGGAUAUGAAAUAUCGUUAAUAACAACUGUAUGUUUAAUUGGAAUACGAAUGGAUAUGUACGGAUUAUUUUACGCAAUUUGGUUAUCUUUAUUAUGUUUCAUACGCCGCGACAUUUUAAGAGCGGGAAUGUGGACGUUGUAUUUAUUUUUCAUAGCAAUUACAAUCCCCAUUCAGUACUUUUUGUCCGUUGGAAUCCCUCCCAGUUUAUGCGUAGUAUUUCCAUGGGACGACAUGCCCCUCUUGCGACGCCUACAAGAAUGGGCUUUCUUAUUAGACACUGCAAAACCACCUCGCGUUGAGCGAUUAGUUUGCGAUUUCGUGCUACUUUUAAUGGUGUCGAGACAACGGGUUGUAUUCCGAAUAGAAGAUCGAUUUAAAAAUCGUGAUUACCCCGGUGGUUCAAACGAUAGCAUCAUUCAUCUCGCUGAAACCAAAGAUUUUGUUAAUCCCGUCCCAGAUUAUAUUACAUUCGUUAGGUCUUAUUUGGAUAUUAUUAAAAGAGGGGUUCUAUUAAGUUUUAUGUGGCUUACUUUAGCUGCAAUAUUUUUAGCUGGUGCAAAUCGUAUAAAUAUCUUUUCGAUUGGAUAUUUACUUGGAUCGUUUUUGUUUUUAUGGCAUGGAACCGAUUUAUAUUUAAAACCGUUAAGAUUAAUUUUAAAAUCAUGGGAAUGUUUAAUAGCUUAUAGUGUAAUAGUAAUAUUUUUAAAAGCCGUAUUUCAAUUUUCCGGAUGUGUAUGGGUUGGGAAAAUUCCUCUCGAUUAUUGUUGGGUAGCGCAAUUAUUCGCCAUCGGAUGUGUCGAUAAAUCUAUACACGAGAAUAAUAUUCACGUCGUAGAAGAAUGCGAAAUUCCCAGCGAAUCAAUCGGUUUAGCCUGGGACGGAAUUUGUUUUGCAUUUUUGAUAAUGCAAAGAAUGUUGUUUAGCAGUUACAAUUUUUUCCACAUAAUCGAUGAGACUAAAGCAAGUACUAUACUGGCAUCGAGAGGUGCUGAUUUAAUCGAAGUUUUACGUCAAAGAAGGGUGCAAGAACAAUUAGAUCACGAAAAAUUAAUCUUGGAAAAGAUUAAAUUAAAAAUGGACAGGAUUAAAGCUACACAAGAAAAAAUUCGUGGUCCUAAUUACCAAGAAGUUAAUAAUCAUGCUAUUGAUACUCUUUAUCCUAGAUCUAGGCCAUUGUACAGGAGAAAAAUUCCAAAGACAAAUAAAGAGGCAAUUCGAUCUGGAGAUUAUUACAUGUUUGAUGAUAUGGAUGAUGAUGAUGAAUUGGAUAUUAUUGAAACGACCAAACAACAAUCCGACGACGAGGAUGGGGAAACGGGCGAGAAUCUUAGUACGCUACUUAGUAAAACUUUGAAGACAGAUGUUAACACGGUCGUCAGGAAGGAUAAAUUGAGACGAAGGGCAAGUAUGCCAGUAGACCGUCAGCGAUCUACGAUUUCCGCUUGGUCUCACGCCCGUUCUGCCCCUCCCACUAUUGAAGAGAGUCCAAGUAAAAGUAAAAAACAGGGAGAUUCAACUGAACUUAUACCAAAGCCGGGUCCUAGCAAACCAAGUGAAGAUGACGAUAAUAUUUCUGAAGGAUCCGAACAUAAAAACACGAAGUGUCAAACAGUUCUGGUUUACCUGAUUUAUGCUUGGAAAUUAAUUGAAAGCAUUAUGGUAUCGGUCAUACGCAUUUUGAAUAAACACUCAAGAGAUUUUCGGUAUGUCAGACGUGUGCUUAUACAAGAAAAGAAAAUUUUAAAGGAAACUAGCAACUACACUGAAGGUAUUCGAAUUGGAAGAAGUAAAAUAUGGCAACCCGCUCAUACUUACCAAGCUCUUUUGUCUUCACGGGAUGCAACAUCGGGAAAUACAAUAAAUAGCCAAAACGAAGAAACGGAACAUUCUGGCGAACCAUCCACUAAACCAAAAGAGACAUCCUCACAACAAUCGUCUCCUGAAAGUUCCGGAAUGAUUGAAUUCGAAGAAGGUGAAAUUUCCCAAUACGAUCAACCGACAAUCAUUCGUUUAAUGAUAGCGAUUUGGUACAUCGUGAUGAGCAACUCUGAAAUAUUAUGUUACAUAAUGAUUUUCGUGAAUCAAAUGCAAUCGGCGACAUUUUUAUCGUUAUCGUUACCAUUUUUGGUAUUUUUCUGGGGAACUUUAGCCAUUCCCAGACCGUCCAAAUCGUUUUGGGUAACAAUCAUUGCGUACACACAGACUGUCGUCUUGAUUAAAUGCAUAUUUCAAUUCGAAUUUUGGACGUGGAACCAAACGAAUAACGUCCCCGAUACAAAUCCUUUUUAUCCACCCAGAAUAAUCGGAGUUGAACAAAAUUCGCAUUAUGCAGUUUGGAAUUUAUCGUUAUUAUUGGUGGUGUAUUUUCAUAGAUACUUGUUAAAAUCUUUGGGAUUGUGGACCGCGGCUAUUGUGACAGUUCCCCUUUUGCACGAGGGUGAUUAUGUGGUUCAAGAACUUCAAAAGGAUCGAACAUUAAAAGAUCAUGCUAAAUUAAGCGCAUCUGAUGAUGAGAAUGAUGAUGAUGAGGAUAAAUCGAUCACUGUAGCUGUUAAAACCGAAUAUGCCGAACCGAUUGAUAUGUUUCCAGAUGCUAUUCACAUGUCUACUGUAAAAUAUUUUGAGUUGAUCAAAGUGUUUCUAAAACAACUUAGAGAUCCGACAUCUCGAGCAUCUGAUGAUGUUUAUUCUUAUAUGUUUUUGUGUGACUUUUUCAAUUUCUUCGUUAUACUUUUCGGAUAUUCAUCAUUUGGGGAGCAACAAGGUGAUGGAGGUGUCCAAUCUUAUUUGCAAGAUAAUAGAGUUCCUCCUCUUUUCCUGUUGAUGUUAAUCGUGCAAUUCUUAUUGAUCAUAGUUGAUAGAGCAAUAUAUUUAAGAAAAAAUAUAACAGCUAAGAUAGUUUUUCAAUUUGUACAAAUAAUAGUGUUACAUGGUUGGUUAUUUAUACUCUUUCCGUUAAUGACUGAUAGAUAUUUUAAUUCAACGAUAGCUCCUCAAUUAUACUACAUGGUGAAAUGUUUCUAUCUCCUUUUAUCCGCUUAUCAAAUCCGUUGCGGAUACCCAGCUAGAAUUCUUGGAAAUUUCCUGUGCAAAAGUUACAACUACGUCAACAAGAUCUUAUUUUUAGUCUUUAUGGUUGUACCUUUUCUGUUUGAAUUGCGAACAGUUAUGGACUGGAUGUGGACUGAUACUUCGAUGACCGUUUUCGAUUGGAUAAAAAUGGAAGAUAUUUUCGCCACCAUUUUCCAAAUAAAGUGUACAAGAAGGGCAGAACUUGAAUAUCCACAACCAAGAGGUCAAAAAAAAUCACCUAUAGCAAAAUACAUAAUGGGCGGUGGAAUACUGGUGGUUAUAAUCGCGAUUAUUUGGUUCCCUUUGGUAUUCUUUUCCCUCGGAAACGCCGUUGGACAAACAAACGUUCCUUACGAUGUGACUUUAUCGAUACGAAUUGGUCCAUAUGAGCCGGUUUAUCAAUUAUCAGCACAAAAUAAUUCCAUAUUCAGUUUUAAUCAAAGCGAUUAUGAAAUUAUUGAAGAAACCUAUAAACAGAAUAAAGCCGCGUUUUCGUUUAUAAGUAAUUAUCGGGAGGAAGAUAUCGCCGCGGUAAAACUAAGCGGGGAUUCUUCGACCGUUUGGACGAUUUCCCCGCCUGAUAGGAAUCGAAUGAUUGCGGAAGUUGCCUCAAUGAAUCCGUUACAAAUUCAGUUACAGUAUCAGAUUUCCCAUAACAGUAGUGGUAACAAAAAUGAUCCGGGAACGAUUAGGGAGAUCAUUGAAAUUAUGAUGCCGGCUGUAAUUGAUGAUCAACUCAAUCCGGAGAGGCAAAAUUUAUUGAGAAUGUUAUGGGGAAAUGAAACUGAUGUUCCACCGGUUCGUUUGGGGUAUAUUUUACCGAAAUUUCUUAAGGUUACUAAUAGGGGAACUGCUCAACCUGUUAAACUACUUAUGGAUGACCCAGAUAAUCCAGAGCAGUCAUACCUUCGGACUCUCAACCUUACCUUAUCGUCUCAUUCAUCGAAUCAAUCCGAUAGCAUCAAAUACGAAUGGUGGACAAUCCAAGAAAAUUGUUCCGAUAUAAACUACAGAGUUUACUUAAGAAAAUUAAGCUAUGGAGAUUGUUCCGCUAUAGUACUUUACACGUUUAAUGAUCGCAUCUUCCCACCAACUCUCAAUAUUAUCACAGCGGGAGGUAUAAUCGGGGUUUAUACAACUUUAGUAUUCCUGGUAUCUCGUUUCCUCCGUGGUUUCUUCUCGGAGAUUUGCUUCAAAAUCAUGUUCGAUGAUAUGCCAAAUGUCGAUCGUGUCCUUCAACUUUGCCACGACAUUUAUUUAGUGCGCGAGGCGGGUGAAUUCUGUUUAGAGGAGGACUUAUUCGCGAAACUCGUCUUCCUCUUCCGGUCGCCGGAGACGCUUAUUAAAUGGACGCGACCCAAAGAGGACGGCGAGGAUGAGGAUAAUCCCGAGGGUGAUAAUUAAGAAUUCAAAAAAAAUAUGAUUUAUUUUUUGCAUAUUCUGUGAUAACAUAAAGAGGGAAAAAAGGUUUCUUUUUUUUUAAACAGGAUUUGUUGAAAAACUUAACCAUAAAUUGACGUUUAAACGGAACAUUUAAUUUGAUUAGUUAAAUGCUUUUAAUAUCAAUCAGGGAAAUCAAUUUAUUGAAUGUUAGGAUUAAAAAAAUAGUUGAAUCUAUUACUUUUUUUAUGUAUGUUUAAACUAAGUGUAUAAUUUAUUAGUUUAGGCACCACACUUAAUUUAACUGUUUUAAAUAUAAAUGUUUUUUGAUAAAUAAAUUAUUUAUUGCACUCA